UUUAAAGCGGACUUCCUCGUGGCAAUUUUGGAUCUGCCGCGCUGCUUUUUCCUUUUGGCUUCCGCGCAGCACGGCAGCCGUUCGACGAGUUGAUCCAAGAGAUGCUGCGACGGCGUGCAGCACAGAGUCUGUUGAUAGGCGCAGGAGUGCUAGGCCUCGCUCGGCCCAUCUAUGGCUCGCCUGUGCCUGCCCCGACGCCUGCACCCGCGCCGCUGUCACCUGAACAGCUUCACGCCCUGCACCGGCGAGGCGGAGUGGCAGCAGGAGAUCCAGACAAGAACCCGACCGAGACGAGCUAUGCCACCUCGCCGCCAAAGAGUACUUAUGGAGGUCCUACCGUAGCAGGAUCAGAGGGAGGUUUCAUUGGCCUCGUCGCAGGCUUGGCAGCACUCGUUCUGCUCAGUGCAGGCAUCGCUUGGUUCUUCAUCCGUCGACGAAGGCGGGCGCAAGGCAGAUCCAACCUCGUGCCCGCUUCUCUCCGCGACUUACCCUUUGUACCCGGGGGCAAAGCUCAGAGCCGACGCGGUAACAAGGCGGCUGGCAAGCACGAGGAGCUCGGCAGCGACGACGAGGACGACACCUUCGAGAUGGGCAACCAACGCGGUCAUCAGGCUCAUCUCAAACGCGCAGCAGCCAACAAUCCAUCCGAGCUAGACCUUCAAGGCGGCGCAAACGGCCAUGCCGGUGCUGGUCGACGCGAAGACGAUCCCUGGGCGAGCUCUGUGAGCCUGAGCCUUGGCACCGCGGGCUACGAAGACGACGAGAAAGAUGCUCGGUUCGGUCGUGCCGGCUACGGUGAAAGCGUCGAAUCCGUCGACUUUGCUCAUCGUCAGUCGCUCGAAGGCGGUCAUGUAUACAAUCAAGUCCAGUCUGAUGAUGGGAGUCGCACGCCCAUCUCGAGUGCGCCAAAAGCAUCGUCAAACAUUACUUCAUAAUUCGUCAGCUGUUGUACAACA